CGCCCGGACGGCGGCUUGCCACCGGACGGUGACCUCUGGGAGGCCUUCAAGAAGCGUGUGCCUGUCUCCGGCUACGACGACAUCAAGCCGUACGUGGAUCGUAUCGCCUCCUCCAGCCGCGAGUCGUCGUCCACUAAUCUUCUCUGCUCCGAGCCCAUCACCCACCUCCUCAGAAGCUCGGGCACAUCUGGUGGCAAGCAGAAGAUCUUCCCGUCCACCGCCGAGGAGCUCGACCGGAAGCUCUUCUUCUAUGGUGUCCAGGCACUCGUGAGGAACAUGCAUUUACAUGCUGACCAGGAGAGCAAGCGCGGCAUGGGGAUGCGCCUCACCCUCACCUUCCCCGUCGAACACACGCCGUCCGGCCUUCAGGUCCAGGCGGCCACCACCGCCUAUUACUGCAGCAGCCAGUUCCAGGACCACGAGGUGGGCGGGUUCGACCGGUGCACCAGCCCCAUGGAGGCCAUCCUCUGCCCGGACGCCGAGCAGAGCAUGUACUGCCAGCUGCUCUGCGGCCUGCUCAACCGCGACUCCGUGAACCACGUCGGCACCUCCUUCGCCAACAGCUUCGUCCGAGCCAUCAAGUUCCUGGAGCAAAACUGGGAGGAGAUGUGCUCCGACAUCCGCACCGGCAGCCUCAGUGGCCGGAUAACGCAUGCGCCCCUGCGUGACGCCGUCAUCCAGCGAUACCUGCGAGGGCCCGAUCCGGCACUGGCUGACGCGGUCGCGUCGGAGUGCGCUGCUAGGCCCUGGGACGGUAUUGUCACCAGGCUAUGGCCGCGGGCACGGUGUGCCCUCACCAUAGUCACCGGCUCCAUGGCGCAGUACAUUCCGAUCCUCUGGAGCUACUGCGGUGGCCGGUUGCCGAUAGUCUCGCCCUGCCAUGCAUCUACCGAGUGUGCCGCCGGAGUCAAUCUAAGGCCUCUCGACCCGCCCAGCCAUGCGUCGUAUGCGUUGCUUCCUAACAUCGCCUACUUUGAGUUUGUCGAGAUACAGCCUCGUGAUGAAGAAACUCCUACUGUUGAUGACGAUGGCGAUCCCGGUGAGAUGAAGCUUGUAGAUCUUGUGGAUGUCAAAAUUGGUCAGACCUAUGAGCUGGUUGUCACCACCUUUGCAGGUCUUUACAGGUACCGAGUUGGUGACCUUCUCACCGUGACUAGCUUCUAUAAUGCAACACCAUUGUUCCACUUCUCGGGACGACAUGAUGUUAUCUUAAGUAUAGACCAUGAGAAGAUAAGCGAGGAGGAACUACUCAGGGCAAUUUCACAGGCUAUUGAGCUCCAUCUUGGCCCUCUUGGAUACAUG